CUCUUGCUUUUGCUACUUGCUUCCUUAUCUCCUUAAGUACCUGCUCCUUUCCUUACCUCACUCCUUUCCUAUCCCCAUCCAUCCUCCCCCAUUACCUAUUUGUCCUCCCUUUCUUCCUCUUAUGUCAGGGUAUGUUUGAUUUUAUCCUCCUUUCAGCUCCUCUUCCUCCCCUACACGAUUUUACUUUGGGGUGUGUUUGAUUUCUCCAUCCUUCCCUGAGCUUGUUCUGACCCCCCUGUCCUCCCUGUGUCUUCCAGCCGCAGGACGGGUACCGCAUGGUGCAGCAGUUCCAGUUCCUGGGCUGGCCCAUGUACCGGGACACGCCCGUCUCCAAGCGCUCCUUCCUCAAACUGGUCCACCAGGUGGACAAAUGGCAGGAGGAGUACGACGGAGGAGAGGGGCGCACCGUGGUGCACUGCCUGAACGGGGGAGGUCGCAGCGGCGUGUUCUGCAGCAUCAGUAUUGUGUGUGAGAUGUUGCGACAGCAGCGCUGCGUCGACGUGUUUCACGCCGUUAAAACUCUGAGAAACAACAAACCCAACAUGGUGGACCUGCUGGAACAGUAUAAGUUCUGCUAUGAAGUUGCUCUGGAGUAUCUCAACUCUGCUUAGCCUCAUCCAGAGACACUCGUCCUCCUCCUCCUCCCUCAGAGAGGAAGCUGCACACAGACGGGAGGAAGAGGAGGCAGAGGGGUCCACUACUGACUGAAGGUGACGAGGAGGAGGAUGUUUUUGCACUGCCUUGUUUGACUGCGAGCACGGACACCUGAACUCGUGUCUCUCUGUUGUGUUGAACCUGUUUUUUUAUUGUUGUUUUUGUCGUAUUGAUGAAAGUAAAGGAACCAAAAGAAGCUUCAACACGUCUGCGCUCCUGGAUUUUGUUUUGUAACGUCACAGCGGAGCAUCGGGCCCCCGGGAUCUAACUGAACUGUGUCGACAAGCGGGAGGAAAUCUGUCCCGAUGCGCUCGAACUCAACGCCUCUUUGCUUCCUGUCAGUCAUCAGAGACAGAAGUCCUCUUCCAGGACCGGACCCGCUCCCCAAAGCGUCCCGCCAAAGGGUUUCAAACUGGUGACCCGGUCUCAUUAUUAGAUUUCACACCUGCAGUUCGGUUCAUGCGGUCCGGAUCAAAGGGGAAAGAAUCCGGUUCCUGUUCACACUGAAGUUUCACAAACGAUCCAGGAGGACUGGACAUGAAGCUCCUGCAGAAGCAGGACGUGGACGAAGCAUCGUGUACGGGAAGGAUUCUGGGAUCAUUGCUGUGGGGUGUUUUAUGGACUGAACGAGCUGACAAAGUAGACGCAGUACCGGCGCCUGCUGACAGCUUUUGACCCGUUAACCAGGGAAACUACCCGUGCUGACAUGUAGACGAUUUGCAUAAAUAGAUUAAUUAUAGGAUCGCUUCCUGAAAACAUUUAUCACCAGGUUAGCCUCUGAAUAAAGCUCAGUAACAGUAGGAACACCUGCUGGUUCGGUUCCUGCAGAGCAUGAUGGGAUAUAUAACGCCCGUCCUCGCAGCAGCAGGAGGACGCGUCACGUGAAUAUUGUACCUUUAUGUUUCAGGAUGGUUUCAGAUUUUAAACGACGACGUCACAUCCGAUUGGUCAUAGAGCAGCGUGACAUCAGAGCUCAGAAUCAUCGUCGGGUUUAAAUUAGAAACGAUUGGUUAGGUUUUGAUUAGUGUUCGUUCACUAAACCCCUCCCCCAAACAGCGACUGUCCAAUCAGUGUUCGUCUUCUCUAAUGUCCGCUGCUAACGUUAGCAUGCCUGGCUAACUAGCUGACUACCUGCAGUAGAGUCAGAUUAGCAUGUUAGCUUCAGAAUGUUUUUAUAUUUUUCUGACUUCCUAAGACGUCUUAUUUCUUUCAUCGCCGUGUCUCAACUCGGAUACUUCCGUCAGUACACUAACAUGCAGUACGCUGUGUACACUGUGUACUUGCGUACAUUUCUUCUCUAAUCAAACCGUUGUUGUGCGCUAACUGGAAAUCACCUCGCGCCUUUGACCUCUUCUUCUUCUUUGAUGGCGAACUGGAACCGGGCGGAACAUUAUCGCCAACAUUUAACCGUGACUGUAGCCCGCCAAAAUAUCUGGACUUCAGUUUUAUUACACUCUGCUUUUUACAGUCGCAACAGCUGCAGCUUUCUCACCCGCCGGUUUAAAAACAGGUUGGUGGCCCCUCCCUUUCCGCUACGUAGCCAGGACGGCGCCUGUUGAGGGUGAGAAGCGUCCGGCGUUCUCUUCGACCAUCAUGAGUCACCGUCCAGGUCCUCAUAGUGCAGUUUGGCACGAGUGUCAGUAGCCUUGUUUCCAUCUGCAUUUUUUAAUUUAAGGUCGAUGGAAACGGCAACAUUUGGAAAAGAAAUCCUUAAUUUCCCAAAAAAGUUUUUGCGCUCGCUUGAGCUGGUUUUUGAAACUGGUGGAAAAAUAAGUUCUGACUUAGCGAACUUGUAACUCGCGUCUGAUCAGCUGUUUCUGGACGCCUGGCGAGAAGUUCCCGCAGCUCGCGGCCGGUGACGCUGGUUUGUGCUGAGAACAGAGGUGGAUGCAGAUCUGGGCAGGAAGCCUUCAUCAGCUGUUCUGCUGAAUGAUGCGUUCACCUCUUAAAGGUCCUUCUCAGAUCCUUUGCUCUGCACGCUGAUCAAACAGGUUCUCACCGCAUGUUGCUGCUGAAUCUCACUGAACGCUGCUUCUGCUGAGUGUAAUAAAAUAUUAACGACUCUAAACGUCCAUAAAAUAACUACUUUGAUUCAUUUAUCACCACUGAUGAACCCCACAGAGGAUAUUAUAGCGUUUAAAGGCAUUAUAUUAUAUAUGGAUAUUCCCAUAAGGUUCUCCUUUAAAAAAAGUUCACUGAAAUCUGUUCUGGGACUUUAGUUCUGAUAUUCAGUUUCUCUGUGGUUACGGAUCCAGUUCCAAACCUCCCGAACGGCUGGCAGAGUCACCGAUAAUAUCAAACACGUUUGACCUUUAGGGGUUAAAAUCCGGAUGAUUACGUCAGCACUUUUUGAGCGGGACAAGGAGACGGUGCUGCCAAGCGAUGGUAAACAUUCUGUGUAUGUCGCCGUAUCGUAGCGGCGCUGCUGAUGAAACGUGGUUUCUGAUGACACACAGGUGGAGAUGCAGAAGCUGGAGCGACCAAACGAUGAAUCAAAUAGUCCUAAUUUCCUAAAUAAAGUUUAAAUCCCGAGGAGUGAACAUCAUCUGUGUUGGGCUCAUCCUGACGAAACAACCUCAACUCAAGCUCCCCUUACUUGUGUUUCUCCCGGAGCUUUCAGCCGUGGCAGGUUUGGUGAGAAGUCCUCGAGGACCUGGGAGACCUUGAGUUGAGAUUCUUUUGUCAUCGUCUGAGAUGAAUAAAGAGUCACUGCCCCUCCAUCCGUCUGUCUUCUUCUGUGGUGUUUGAUCUGCUGCAGAUUUAAAAACUAACUGGACCGGAAAGCUCCGACCACAUGGUCUUCAGUUUGAACCUGGUCCCCUUCAGCUUGUGGUUUCUGUGUUUUCCCCUCAGCGGCUGCUGGUUUGGUUUCAGACAGAGGUCGAGGCGAGCUGUUAAUAAUGUAAAUAAAGCAGGAGGAAGCAGGAAGAAGAAUAUUUAUUCCUUCAGUUGUUCUCAGUGUCGAUGUUGUCGCCGUUCUUGUGAAGCACAAAAACAGAGACAAUCAUGCUAUUUUAGUGUUAGACCAGGACCAGACAUAACCCCAGGUACACGUGGCUCUGGGUCGGUCUGACCCCGGGUACGUGUGACUCUGGGUCGUUCUGACCCCGGGUACACGUGGCUCUGGGUCGGUCUGACCCCGGUCACACGUGGCUCUGGGUCGGUCUGACCCCGGUCACACGUGGCUCUGGGUCGGUCUGACCCCGGUCACACGUGGCUCUGGGUCGGUCUGACCCCGGUCACACGUGGCUCUGGGUCGGUCUGACCCCGGGUACACGUGGCUCUGGGACGGUCUGACCCCGGUCACACGUGGCUCUGGGUCGGUCUGACCCCGGUCACACGUGGCUCUGGGUCGGUCUAACCCCGGGUACACGUGGCUCUGGGUCGGUCUAACCCCGGUAAUGUAUGGUUGUGGUUUUGACUGACCCCUUUGACGUAUGGCUCUGGUGCUUAUGAGAACAUUAUUGUAAUGAAAACUUUUAUUUAUGUUGUAUGAUUCCAAAAUAUUAAAAUUAAAAGUCUGUAUACACUCUUCAA